AUGGCAAAGGAUCAUUCAUCGCGGAGCGGGAAGCUAUCGUCGAAACCGCCUCGUCAGAAUGCCAGGACGCUGAAACGAAAACGGAACGAAGAUGAUAUCGCAACGCUCAAAGAGCGAGUGGCAGAGCUCGAUGCCAAAGCUGCGAUUGAAAGCUUUACUGACCUCCCUCUCUCUGAGCCAACGAGGCUGGGAUUGUCUGCCUCGCAUUUCAAGACGCUGACGGAUAUUCAAGCCCGUGGGAUCCCGCAUGCGCUGCAAGGACGAGACAUUCUCGGUGCAGCCAAAACGGGGAGUGGAAAGACGCUGGCAUUCCUCGUCCCCGUCCUGGAAAACCUGUUUCGCAAACAAUGGACGGAGUACGAUGGAUUGGGAGCGCUGAUAAUAUCGCCGACUCGCGAAUUGGCCAUUCAGAUAUUCGAGGUCCUACGCAAAAUCGGCCGUUAUCAUACCUUCUCUGCCGGACUGGUGAUUGGAGGGAAGAGUCUACAGGAGGAACAGGAGCGUUUGGGGAGGAUGAAUAUUCUUGUGUGCACUCCCGGCCGUAUGCUGCAGCACAUGGACCAGACGGCAGCGUUUGAUACGGAUAAUAUACAGAUGUUGGUGUUGGAUGAGGCAGAUCGGAUUAUGGACAUGGGUUUCCAGAGCACAGUAGAUGCUAUUGUGGAACACCUUCCCAAGGAGAGACAGACAAUGCUGUUCAGUGCCACCCAGACGAAGAAAGUGUCUGACCUUGCUCGGUUGAGCCUACGGGAUCCAGAAUACAUUUCGGUCCAUGAGGCUGCCUCGAGUGCGACGCCGUCGACCCUGCAGCAGCAUUAUGUUGUAACACCGUUGCCCGACAAGUUGGAUACGCUAUGGAGCUUCAUCCGAAGCAGUUUGAAAUCGAAGAUUAUUGUGUUCUUUUCCUCGAGUAAAGAGGUCCGGUUCGUUUACGAGGCUUUCAGGCAGAUGCAGCCCGGUAUACCGCUUCUGCAUCUUCACGGCAGACAGAAACAGGGUGCGCGAGUGGAUAUCACACAUAAAUUCUCGACUUCAAAGAACUCAUGUCUGUUCGCUACGGAUGUGGUUGCGAGAGGUCUCGACUUCCCGGCCGUUGACUGGGUUAUUCAGCUGGACUGCCCUGAGGACUCAGACACGUAUAUACACCGGGUAGGACGGACCGCACGGUACGAGCGAGACGGCCGAGCCGUGCUAUUCCUCGACCCGAGCGAAGAGAUAGGCAUGCUGUCUCGUCUCGAGCAGAAAAAGAUACCGAUCGAAAAGAUAAAUAUUCGAGCAAACAAGCAGCAGAGUAUAAAGCAUCAGUUACAAAAUAUGUGCUUCAAAGACCCACAACUCAAGUAUCUCGGGCAAAAGGCAUUUACCUCAUAUGUUAAAUCAAUACAUAUCCAAAAGGAUAAGGAGGUAUUUGAUGUGAAGGCGCUGCCUUUGGAAGAGUUCGCAGCUAGCUUGGGGCUUCCCGGUGCGCCGCGCAUCAAAUUUAUCAAGGGAGAGGAUACUAAGUCGCUGAAGAAUGCUCCCAGACGUCUGCAGCUUGUCUCCAGUGACGAUGAGGAUGAACAGGACGAGAAUGAAGAUGCUGAGAGCAAGAAGAAAAAAGCCAAGCAGCCCGAAGUACGGACCAAGUAUGACAGGAUGUUCGAGAGGAGGAACCAAGACGUCUUCACCGAACACUACACGAAACUUAUCUACGAAGAGGCAGAGGACAGAGAUGGCAGUAAGAAGAACGACGCUACGAACGGUGACGACGAUUUCCUUGCUGUCAAACGAAGAUAUGAGGUUGAAGACGAGGUCGACGAUCCGUCUACGAAGGACUCCGAUACGCAGGUAAAGAAAGUGGCCGGAGGAGUUCGAGCAGUGCACAUCGAAGGCAGGGAGCCCUUGCUCAUAGACUCGAAUCGACGAGAGAAGCUCCUACAGUCCAAGAAGAAGCUUCUCAAGUACAAGAACCCCGGCAAGAAACUUGUUUACGAUGACGACGGCAACGCCCAUGAGAUCUACGAGCUCGAGGACGAGGAAGACUUUAGGAAACGAGGAGAUGCGGCAGAACAGAGGGCCAAGUUCCUCGAGCUUGAGGCCGAGCGAGCACGGCUGGCAGAUAUCCGCGACAAGGAGAUUGCGAAGCAGAAGAAGCGGGAGAAGAAAGAGCAGCGAAGAGAGAGGGCGAGGGCAGAGCGAGAGGCCGCCGCUGAAGAAGAGGGUCCAGCUGCCGUCCUUGCGCCAUUCGAGGAUGGACACGGUGAAAUGGACGAUGCCAAAGGCAGGCCUCCGCCGAGUAAGAAGCAGAAGAAGGUCCGGGAAGAUGGCGAUGCUGUCGAUAAAAAGGAGAAGAAGAAGGUCACUUUCGACGAGCCAGCCGAGAUGCAAACGCUGGAGGAUCUGGAAGCCUUUGCCAGCGGCCUUCUUGGAUGA